AUGGCGGACCCGCGGCCACUUCUCGCCGACCAGGGCACCGCUUCGGAAGUCGAUUGCCUGGUGGUGGGUGCAGGCCCGGUGGGACUCCUACUGGCUGCAGAGCUGGCAUCGCGCGGAUGCCAGGUUGCCAUCAUUGACGCCCUGACCGAGCCAGCGCAGAUCACCAAGGCCUCUGGGGUGGUCCCGCGGAGUCUCGAGGUCUUGCCGACUGAGGUGGAAGGAAAGCUUCUGAAGAAUGGCAAUCUGCUGAAAGAGAUGAGAAUCAUGGAGAAGCAGGAGAACAAGCCCAUCAAGGCCGUGCUCUCUGUCCAAACAUCUCCGCUGGAGGUCUACCAUGGAAUCCUCGGCAUCCGCCAAUACGAAACCGAGCGCUACCUGACGGAGUACCUGAAGGAGCUCCCCGACUGGACCCAGGGCGGGAAGAAGAAGAUGACGAUCCGGCGUGGGGUGGAACUGGAUUCCUUCACAGAAGGCCCCAUGGGAGUGCAGUGCCAUCUCAAAGUUCCGGGUGGUGCGCAGACGGUGACCUGCAAGUUCUUGAUCGCCUGUGAUGGUGGUAGAUCCAGAAUCAGGCAUCUCUUGGGUUACUCCUUCGACGGUACCACCACGCCCGAGUAUUUCCUGGGCCUGGAUGCCUGCUUUGAGAACUUUGAGCUGGAUUCCAAGGAUGUCGUCACCGUGUCGCUGACCCAGGACAAGGAUCCGUUGGCACCAGGGUUCGCGUUCAACAUCCCUUUUGGGGACGGAAACUGCCUUCUGCUUGUGGACCUCGAUCUAAAUCAGCAGAAGGACUGGGUGACAGGCGAAACCGACCGAAAUGGCUUUCCGGUCCUCCGUCAGCCGGAGGUGGAGGACGUGCUCAAAGUGGCGCGAUCUCGCGGGCUGGGCCAGCAGGUGACAGUCAAGCCUGGGUCCGUGAAGUGGCUCACGCACUUUCGCGUCAACUCACGCCAGGUGGAGUGCUACGGUCGUGGCCGGGUCUUUCUGGCGGGUGAUGCAUGCCACUGCCACUCGCCCUUCGGGGGACAAGGCAUGAACAUGGGCUUCCAGGACGCCAAGAACUUGGCCUGGAAGUUGGCGACGGCCAUCAAGUGUGGCGGGCCAACUUCUUCGCUGCUGCUCUCCUACGAGAGCGAGCGGAAGACCUUGGAGAGCAAGCUCCUUAUGGGCAUCGAACGCGGGCAAGAGGUCGUGUCCAGCAGGAACCCUUUGAUCUUCUUCAUGCGAGGUCGUGGCCAGAGGCUGGUCAACAUGCUGACUUUCAUCCAACCAGCAAUCCUGAAGACUGUCUCCCAGCAGGGUUGGUCCUAUCGAAAGUCGAAGCUGUCCGUGGAGCAUUGGGAGCGACCCGUGCCCACGUGCUUCCCCAUCACCAGCAUUUGCCCUGCUGGCGGGUACAGAAGGCGCCAAAAUCUCCACCGCUGGAUCAAGACGAGGGUUCAUGCGGGAGAUCGAGUCCCAGACUCUGCACUCCCAGGAGGCAUGCGCGUGCAUCAGAUUCUUAAGCGAUCUCGUGGCUGGACGCUGCUGCUCUUCGAAGGUGGGGAGGAGGAGAACUCAGACAUGGAGAAGCACCUGGGAAACAAAGUGCUGAGUCUCCCUGAGCUCGAGGACUUCGGCGCCAGCUUCAAGUCUACAGCCGACCCGACCAACUUCGUGCCCAUGGUCGACGAGGUCAUCUGCUUUCCAUCACAAGACGUGGAGGCACAUCACACCUUCGGGGUGCAUGGGCAAUGCCUGUUCCUGGUCCGCCCGGAUCACCAUGUGGGCUUCCGAUGCGAGCCCUUGCGCAAAGGAGCCGUGUACCGCUACUUUCGCGAAGCGUGCGGCAUCAGCCACGGAAAGCCCGAGGAUGCCCCGGCGUCCUCGCCAGUUUUCGACUACUUGCCGGCGCUUGUUUGGACCGUGAUCCUGCUGCUGGUGAUUUUCCUCUUCCUUUGA